UUCUUCCACACCUCGCGGGAGCCUGCCCUCGGCGCCGGCGGGCUCUCCUUGGGUCCCUGGGCCAGCUCCUCGGACAUGGCAGGGGCGACUGGACGAGGUUGGAGGGGGUCACUGUGGAGGAGGAGCGAACAGGACCCCGGGUCAACCCCGGGGGCUCUGCGACCCUUCGGGUCUUUGGCUCGAGGGCAGAGGGAAAGAAAGGCGGCGGCGGGCAGCCCCGUCGGACCCCGUCCUAAGUCCCCACUCCCCACUCCCCAAUCCGUUUUCCGUCUGGUCCGGGCACCCACCUGGCUGGGCCGGGAGCCCGCGCUGAGCUGGGGGUCAGGGGGUGGCGAGCGUCUCCUCUUUCCCACAGCGGGCUGGACGGGCGCUUUAUACCGGGGAGGGCAGGGUGAUUUACAGCCGCGGGAGCUCAGCUCCAUAAAUCUCUCAGCCCCACUCACAUGAUCCAUCUUUUCUCCGAGCUGAAUUUAGGGAAGAGCGCGCGGGAGCCAGAUAAGGUAAGAUUUAUAUUUACCCGUUAAGAGGCGGCCCCCCUCUCCCGCCCCCGCCGUCCCGUCACCUCGGAGCGGCAUGGCUCGGGCGCAGCCCCGCACUGCGACACCCAGAGGGCACCCCGUCCCGGGCGCCCACCGCGCCCUCGGGCUCCGCGACCCCGGCCGCCCAGAGCCCCGAGAACUGAUGAUGCUCUAUACACGCCCCGAGGGCUCACAGGCACCCGGACGCCCUCCCAGCCCCGGCACACCCUAUACCUUCGCGCCCCUCUGCUGCUGCCCCAAGAUCGGGACCCCAGUGCCCCUUUCCCUGACACCCUCAAGGUGGUCGAAGUUCCUUCUUCCUCUAUCCCUCCCCGGAGUCUUCUGCUCGGCUGGAAGCCGCCAGCCGGGUUUGGGUAUCAAGUUCAAGUUCGCCAGAGGCGCGCGGAGUCCGCGUCCAGUCUUCCAGCGCCCCCUGCUGGAGCGCGGCUCCCCGACCCCGCGUUGGGGGGGGUGGGGCGGGGGCGGUGGUGGCAGCCGGGACGCAGGGUGCUUCUCGCCGUCUGGGGGUCAGUCCUCAGACCCCUCCUAGGCCCACCGUCCUAGCGAUCCAGACUGCCCUCGGACACCCCUCCCCAGCCCUUGGCCCGUCCCUUUGACGGGUGGAGACAUCGGGAGCCGCAGAGCGGGGGCUCCCGUGACGACAGACUCCGGACUGUCCGCAGACUAGGCCUCAUGGGGCAGGGUGCUGAGGUGACCACUUUUGGAACAGGGCAGGGCCUCGCGUGGGUCACUCCUGCGCGCUCGGGAGCAGGGUGUUUAGGACCCAGGGGCCGCCCGGGGGCGGCUCCCCAGGCGGCGGGAGAUCCUUCUCCCCCCUCCCUCCCGGGGCGAGCGGCUCAGAUGUCGGAGUAGCGGCGGCUCCCGGCGCUCCGCAACCUGCGUCUGCGGCAGCGGGGGCUGGCGGCCCGGCCCCUGCCCGGCCCCCUCCCCCAACCCCAUGCCUCAGCCCUAACCCCUCCGCCCUCCCCCGCGGGGGGCAUUUCCUGGUGCCCCCUGCCCUCCCCGUCCAAGUCAGGCGCCAUGAACGACCAGUACCACCGGGCGGCCCGGGACGGCUACCUGGAGCUCCUCAAAGAGGCCACCAGGAAGGAGCUGAACGCCCCCGACGAGGAUGGCAUGACUCCCACCCUCUGGGCUGCCUACCAUGGCAACCUGGAGUCGCUGCGUCUCAUCGUGAGCCGAGGGGGUGACCCAGACAAGUGUGACAUCUGGGGCAACACGCCCCUGCACCUGGCAGCUUCCAAUGGCCACCUGCACUGCCUCUCCUUCCUGGUGUCCUUCGGGGCCAACAUCUGGUGCCUGGACAACGACUACCACACGCCGCUGGACAUGGCCGCCAUGAAGGGCCACAUGGAGUGCGUGCGCUACCUGGACUCCAUCGCGGCCAAGCAGAGCAGCCUCAACCCCAAGCUGGUGGGCAAGCUGAAGGACAAGGCCUUCCGCGAGGCGGAGCGGCGCAUCCGCGAGUGCGCCAAGAUGCAGCGCAAGCACCACGAGCGCAUGGAGCGGCGCUACCGGCGCGAGCUGGCCGAGCGGUCGGACACGCUCAGCUUCUCCAGCCUCACGUCCAGCACCCUGAGCCGCCGGCUGCAGCACCUGGCGCUGGGCAGCCACCUGCCCUACUCGCAGGCCACGCUGCACGGCACGGCCAGGGGCAAGGCCAAGAUCCAGCGGAAGCUGGAGCGGCGCAAGCAGGGCGGCGAGGGCACCUUCAAGAUCUCCGAGGACGGCCGCAAGAGCGUGCGCUCGCUCUCGGGCCUGCAGCUGGGCAGCGACGUGAUGUUCGUGCGCCAGGGCACCUACGCCAACCCCAAGGAGUGGGGCCGCUCCCCGCUCCGGGACAUGUUCCUCUCGGACGAGGACAGCGUCUCCCGUGCCACGCUGGCGGCCGAGCCUGCCCACUCGGAGGUCAGCACCGACUCAGGCCACGACUCCCUGUUUACGCGGCCCGGCCUGGGCACCAUGGUGUUCCGCCGGAACUACCUGACCAGCGGGCUGCACGGGCUGGGCCGCGAGGACGCGGCGCUGGACGGCGGGGGCGCGCCGCGAGGCCGGCUGCAGAGCUCCCCCAGCCUGGACGACGACAGCCUGGGCAGUGCCAACAGCCUGCAGGACCGCAGCUGCGGGGAGGAGCUGCCCUGGGACGAGCUGGACCUGGGCCUGGAUGAGGACCUGGAGCCCGAGACGAGCCCGCUGGACACCUUCCUGGCCUCUCUGCACCUGGAGGACUUCGCCUCCCUCCUGCGGCAGGAGAAGAUUGACCUCGAAGCGCUGAUGCUGUGCUCCGACCUUGACCUCCGCAGCAUCAGCGUCCCCCUGGGGCCCCGCAAGAAGAUUCUGGGGGCCGUGAGGAGGAGGAGGCAGGCGCUGGAACGCCCGCCUGCUCUGGAGGACACAGAGUUGUAACAGGGGGCUCCUCUCUCCAGACCAAAUGAAUUGCGAGUUGCCACAACCCACCGUGAGGCCACGAGGUCCUCACGGUCGCCAGCCCUGAAGCCCCCCCGGCCCCUCCCCAGGAGCAAAGACCGUGUGGGUCAUCUCCCUUGAAAGCCUGUCCACACUCCACAACGGAGGUGUAGCCUGGAGGUACCAGCAAGGGGUCCAGGAGCCCUUGAGCCACUCCCGUCUGAAUGGCCUUAAAGGACAUGUGGAUUCCUGGAAGGCCAGCUCCAGAGGAAGGGCAGGGGACCCCUGGGGCCCCAGGGGAUAGACGACAUACCCAUUAGAGCUGGAUGGGAGUGUGUGUGGAGGGGACAUGGCCUGUCCCAGGGGCCACUGUCUCUCCCCACCCCUCCUCUGAGGGUCCUGCUGUGCUCAGGCUGGAGACUCGCUCACUUCUUACAUUUUUGUGAAGGGAAGAGUUUGGGCUGGCUCCCUCCCCUCCCCCUCCAUGCCGCAGAGAGGAGGUUCCUGGCUAGACUCUUCAGCCAAAUGCCCUGACUUUGGUCCCCACUCCUGCCCCAAGCCAGCCCCCUUCUCCUUCACCUAUUGGCCAUGUCCGGGAGUUGGGGCGCCAGGCUGGCAUGAAGUGGGGGUGACUGGCACCCUUACCAGCUCACCUGGUGGUGGGGCCUGGCCUGACUCUGCCCUCCUCACGCUCAGGCCUCCAGCCUGGUCCCCCUCCAGGGACCCCAGAGGGUCAGGCCAAUAGAUGCAAGGUGCUAGAGCAAUAAUCUGCAGUAUUAUGGCUCCGAGGCCUGGCGGGCGUGUCCUGGGCUGGAGAAAGGCAUCUGCCAACAGCCUCAGCUGGGUGUCUAGCCUAGUUUGGGGGAGUCCUGGGACAUGGAAGAGACUGGGGAUGUGGAUAAUCUAAGCUGCUGACUGUCCCCAGGUCCCCAGGGCCCUGUGCAUGUGUGUCUGUGCUGGGGGCUGGCUGGUGGCUUUCCCUCCGGGUCUGGAGGUGGCUGGGCAGCUGCGAGGUUCUGUGUAGGUAGGUCAGCAGGAGCUCAGUAUGUGUCCCUGCUCUGUGAUGGCAGCGAGACCAGGGAGGAGGCCAGCCCUGGACCCGCAUCCCUGACCCUCCCGCUCCCACCGGGAGCACCACUGCAGCUCCCAUCUCUUUCCUGGGCCCCCUUGGCUAGGUCAGGAGAUGAGGGGAUACCCAAAGAAUGCCACAGGCCUCCCUCUGCAUCUGUGUCUGUGCUGGGGGAGGGGGACGGGGGAGCGGUUUCCGUUCCCACAAAGAGGGCUUGGUGGCCUGUCGCUGCCACCCUGAGCCCAUGCCAGUCCUUUGCCCUGUCAUCUGGGCCUGGGGCCGCCCCCAAGUGCCGACUCGACUUUCUCAGAGCCCCAGGUGCUGCCCUUUUUCUUCUGUUCCCUGUCUGUGUCCUGCCUCAGCCUCCUCCCUGUUCUCCCAGUUCCCGGGGUGGGGCAGGCUCUGGGACUCCCACUGCCACACAAAGUACCCCUCCCGCAGGCUCAUUAUAACUUUUGUAGAGAAUGUUCUGUAUCGUUGUCA